CUUGCAGUUUCAGUAGCGGGGCAUGGGGGGGCAGCAGGGCGGCCACUCAACUGCAUCAUGGUGACCCCCUGCCCCACAAGCCCCGCUGCUCAGGUGUGGAGGAUGGACGACCAGAAUCUCCGCGCCCCUGUGAAGAAGAGCAGGCGCCCGCGCCUCCGGAGGAAGCAACCGCUGCAGCCGCUGAAUCCGUACCCGCUUCCUGGAGACUCCGGCGUUUGCGACUUGUUCGAGUCCCCUAGCUCCGGCUCCGACGGCGCAGACAGUCCCGCGGGGUCCACAACCCUGUGCUACAACCCCCCGCCGGGCCCUGCCCAGCCUUUGGCGCAGCUAGAUCUACAGACCUUCCGUGACUACGGCCAGAGCUGCUAAGCCUUCCGCAAGGCUCAGCCGGCCCGCCUCCCUCCUCCCUCCCGGCAGGUGACGCCGGAAUCCCGCUGUAAACUGCUUAGCUGGCUGAUCCCUGUGCACCGCCAGUUCGGCCUCUCUUUCGAGUCCCUGUGCCUCACGGUGAACACUCUGGACCGCUUCCUCAUCACCACCCCAGUGGCUGCGGACUGCUUCCAGCUGCUCGGGGUCACCUCCCUGCUCAUCGCUUGCAAGCAGGUGGAGGUGCAUCCGCCCCGCGUGAAGCAGCUCCUGGCCCUGUGCUGCGGCGCCUUCUCCCGGCAGCAGCUCUGCAACCUCGAGUGCAUCGUACUGCACAAGCUGCGCUUCAGCCUGGGCGCGCCCACCAUCAGCUUCUUCCUGGAGCACUUCACGCAUGCUCGCGUGGAGGCUGGGCAAGCCGAGGUCUCGCAAGCCCUGGAAGCUCAAGCCCUGGCCCAAGGGGUGGCCGAGUUGAGCUUGGCGGACUAUGCCUUCACCAGCUACUCCCCUUCCCUGCUGGCCAUCUGCUGCCUGGCGCUGGCUGACCGCAUGUUGAGGCUUCCGAGCCCAGUGGACCUACGCCUGGGUGGGCACCCCGAAGCUGUGCUGCAAGACUGCCUGGGCAAACUGCAGCUGCUGGUGUCCAUAAACAGUACUUCCCUGGCUCACAUGCUGCCGCUCCAGAUCUGCAAGAAGUGCAGCUUGUUCCCGAGCUUGAAAUAAACCAGACCUUUGGUUUC